AUGAUGACUCGUGUAUGAAGAUCUGAUUAUUCUUCCUCCUCAAAAUCCUCAGAUCUUGAGCCAAGCCUGAACAUUCUGCAGAAGGAGAAGAGGCUCGACCAGGAUAUAGGACGGAUACUUCUGGAAAAGCAUGAGAUGCUUUACCAGUUACAGUUUCAGAAAGUAUCUCUCAAGAUCGACUUCAACCUAGAAUCUGGUGACAAAUAUACCAAGGAGGUCAGGAAAUUGGGAAAAAUUGGACUGAAGAACUGAUCUGAAGUAAUAUUGAAUAAUAUCAAGCGAAAAAGAUGUCCAAUGGUUAAGGAUAUCCUAUCCUUGGUUCCUAAGAAAAAACUACAGAAGUUUAUAUUUGACUGCCCAGGGCAAUACUCCUUCAAACCUUUUACCUACUAUCAGCAGAAUCUCAUCAAGAUGGUGUCAUUUGCAACUAAAGAGGUAUCCUUAGUUGGAAUGGAAAUAUCAAACUUUAAUUUCAGAAAUAUAAUUGUUUCAACUAAUUCGGUGAAGGAACUGUGAUUCCGUCAGUGCAGCAUCAACACCACUGAGGUGUGCCUAACAAAACCUGAUCCUUACCUCAUUCAGACUCUAGCUUUUGUGGAAUGAGGGAGUGUUAAAUAUAGCGAUUGGAAGCAAUUUCCUGAAAAAUUAUUUAGUAUACUUCAAGCUAUCUCAGAAACAUCCCUAACAAGAUCAUUGCAGAAGAUCGAGCUCCUAGACAAUGGGAUAUCAGUGCAGGAAAUCCAAGAAUGCGGUACUAGUGGAGGAAAGAAGGAAGAUAGGCUCUCCCUCCCUGGUGUCAAGUUUGAGCUCCUUGAUGAAACACUGGAUUCCUACAUGGAUUUUGAGAAAUAAAUCUAUGUAUUCUGUAACUGUCUUUAAUAACUCUUAUUAAUUUUUUCAAUAAUAUU